ACAUGAUUAAUGAAGUUAGGAAUGUUUAUUCCGUUUAUUCUCUUCGGUUCUAUUUGUCAAACUUUUUAAGUUGUGUUCCAGAAAAGUUAUUUUUUAUAUAAUUUUACAUAAUUAUACAAUAAACUCAACAAUAGCUUGUUUGAACAGUGUUUCAAAAAAAUAGAAUUCGCUGAAGCCGUAGCAUUCUGAAGAAUCAAGUUGCAUUCCAGUUAUUCCAGUUCCGCUCAUAGCCGCUGUGAACGCUGCCACCUUUCACUUUUCUUCAGAGGAAGAAAAAACAAGUUACACACCCACAAAACUGUUUACGUGAUUGUGGAGACUGCUGUUGACGUGGUAAAGUGGCAAAAUUUAUCAGUCCCGAAAAGAUUCGCAUCGAAUUCAGCUGCUUCAGAUAGCUACGCGUGUGUUCACAUUAGCGAACGAACAUCAUCAUCAUGAUGCGACUGCUGCAGACGAAAACAAUCCCGGUUGUGGGCAAUCCAAUGCUGCGGAGAAUGCUCACCGCGGUCAGCAAUCCUAACCUUCCGGCUUUACCCCUGCCGAAGCUUGCCGACACCAUGAAUAAACUGCUCGUCACAAUCGAACCACACGUCACCAAGGAUGGCUAUCAGCGUAGCAAGUCGGCGGUGGAGAAGUUCCUGGCCCCCGGAGGGGACGGUGCCAAGCUGCAGAAGCUGCUGGAGGAGCAUGCUUCUCGCAAAAAGAACUGGCUUUCGGACUGGUGGUUGCAAUCAGCUUAUCUGCAGUAUCGCGACCCUGUGAUUAUCUAUUCAAGCCCGGGACUGGUAUUCCCCAAGUUGAAGUAUGUCAAGGUAGAAGACCAGUUGAAGACUGCCGCCAGGAUAACGUUCGGGGCAUUGCUGUACAAAAGGAUGAUCGACCGGGGUCAAAUGCGGCCCGAAAUGAUGGGAAAGGCUCCAUUGGACAUGCAACAGUACAAUAAGAUCUUUGGAACGUGCAGAGUACCUGGAUUGCCUGCGGAUUCACUGCAGUUCCACCCGGAUUCGACGCACAUUGUAGUUGCGUCAAACAAUCAAUUCUUCAAGGUUGAGGUGGGAAAUUCCGACAACAUUUUCGGUGAGGACAAAAUACUCACAAUGCUUCGCCAAUGCUACGACAUGUCGCGUCAGAAAGCCGAACCGAUUGGGAUGCUGUCUGCUCUCCCUAGAGACAGUUGGCACGAAGCCUACGAGGUGUUGAUCGCCGAUCCAACCAACAAGGAAACAAUCAAAACUAUUCAAAGUUCAUUAUUUGUAUUGUCGUUAGACUACACUAUCGGAAACCCCUCGGGGGAUGACGCCGUAGAUGCUUGCCAUAUGUUGAUUCACGGAGGGGGAUCAAACGCUAACUCCGGCAAUCGCUGGUACGAUAAAACCCUCCAACUUGUGGUUGGUCCGAAUGGCGUCAACGGUCUCACCUAUGAACAUUCUCCCGCGGAAGGACAACCAAUUGCGGUACUGACAGACUUCAUCAUCAAUCAUAUCGCUAAGGGCGACCAAGGUGGAUCGGUUCGUGAAGCCCCAGUCCCUUCAAAGCUCGCUUUCAACCUGUCUCCAAAAGCGCACGAACUUCUGCAGAAAGCCUCCGCAAGCCACGACAAACUGAUCAAGGACUUAGAUAUGAACUACCUCCACUAUACCGGAUACGGCAAGAACUUCAUCAAAACCCAGAAGAUGAGUCCGGACAGUUUUAUCCAAAUGGCAAUCCAGUACGCGUUCUAUAAGCUCCAUCGUACCCCCGGUGCCCAUUACGAGUCCGCUCAGACUCGACUGUACGAAGGUGGUCGAACGGAAACCAUUCGAUCCUGUUCGAACGAAUCCAUUGCGUUCGCCCAAACCAUGCUGGAACCGUUCCGCAGCAAUCGGGAGAAAGCGUCAAAGCUCAAAUCCGCUGUCGACGCACACAAGCAGUACGCUUCGAAGGCGGUUCAAGGUUUUGGUGUUGAUCGCCACCUGCUCGGUCUGAAACUGAUCGCCAAGGAAAAUAACAUACCGCUGCCGGAGCUGUUCAAGGAUGAGGGUCUGCUGGCCAGUCAGCACAUGCGUCUGUCGACCAGUCAAGUGGCUUCCCGGUACGAUGCGUUCAUGUGCUACGGUCCAUUGACCGGUGAUGGGUACGGCUGUUGCUACAAUCCCAAGGAUAACGACAUGUGGUUCGGCCUUUCCUCGUGGAAAUCCAAUCCCAUUACGGAUUCGACGGCAUUCCGGAACUGUCUGCAGCAGGCCCUGGACGAGAUGUUUGAGGUGCUGAGUGCGUCCAGUGUACCGAGUAGCAAGCUGUAGGGGGAGUCAUUGCGGAAUGUUAUGUGUGGAAUAUGUUGACUGAUUAUAGGUAUUGAAAAAUUAUAUUCUGAGGUAUUUGAUAAAUCGGUGACGGUUUUAUUUUUUUA